AUGAGUUCGGAAAGUAAUUUCUCGUUGAAAUUCCGGCGCCCCUCCAGCAAAUUGCACAAGGAUCCCCCUAGCUUCAGUUCGCGCAUUCUUCGAAGUCAUCAAAGCACCACCUCGCUCAAGCGUCACCCCUCCGCCCCCGUCUACCCGCGCUCCUCUCCCAGUGGCAGUCGCGAGCACGUCCGAUCGCGAUCCAACGCAGCUUUUGGCUCCUCGUCCUCCUCGCUCGAGCAACAUAGCCAACAUAGCCAACAUAGCCAGCACAGCCAGCAGAGUGGUGGCCCUUCCCCCGUCAUUGAUGAGGGCUCCUCGACCUAUUUCCCCAGUUUCUCCAGCUCCUCGCGCUCCCGGACUCGAAGUUCCAACCGCUUCUCCUAUAACGAACACAGUUCGGAUGACUUGAAUAAUUCCUCCUUUGAAACGCGGGGUAUGCUCAGUGCGCUGGAUGAGAAUAGCGCCGAACCCGAUCAUCAGCCCCAGCAUUAUCAACAUCACCCACAGCCUCCGACAUUGCGCUCCCAUCACACCAGUCCCGACGAUCCGCGUGGCCGCCAGACUCUCCGACAAUCGGCCAGCCUCACGGCCCUUCCGAACCGUAUGAUGGAUUCCUUUGCGCAUCGGGACACCGAACGAUCUCACCACGAUAAGCGCUACUCCGAUGAGGUCAAUAAUGGCAACCCGGUCCCACCCCCUCCUCGGGUGGGAAGAAGCAAAAAAGCCAGCUUCUCCAGUUUCGUCAACAGCAUGCUCGGUUCGCCCCGCAACAUCAAGAUUUCUGCCCCGGAGAAUCCGGUGCACGUUACGCAUGUGGGAUAUGAUAAUCAGACCGGCCAGUUCACCGGUCUGCCCAAGGAAUGGCAGCGACUGUUGCAGGAGAACGGUAUCUCCAAGAAGGAACAGGAGGAACACCCGCAGACAAUGGUGGAUAUCAUGCGAUUCUACGAAAAGAAUACGCGGGGAGAUGAUGACGAGGUAUGGCACAAGUUCGAUAAUGCAUCAUACAAGCCCUCCACGACAACUCCAGCAACGGGGACAUCGCCGCCCGGUAGCCCCCGAUUCCCACAGAACCAUGAAGGCAGCUUUGAAAACCCACGAUCGCCGCCUCCCAUUCCUCGCGGUCCUCCCGCAGUCUCGCCAGCUGCCGGCAUGUCUCCGCCUUUGGGUAGUAUGGUCCCGCAUCGUGCGCCUCCAAAGCCCCCGACCGGAAUGAUCCCAGCCCGUCCACCACCACAACCUCCUGUAUCGCAAGCCUAUGGCGCUUCACCGCAGCGACCAAUUCAAGAUCCAUAUGGCGCAUCGUUUGCCGCACCACCCAUACCCGACGCAGUGCCCGUAACCUCCGGAUCGCCCAAGCCCAGUCGCUCCAACUCCCGCAACGGUGUCCCGGCUCCCAAGCACAAUGUGAUCGCCUCGCCGACACAAUACCAGCAGCAACAAGAGCAGGUCAUGGCAGCUGCCCAACAGGCAAUUGCCUCGAAGCAGCUGGAUCGGAGCACGAGUCAGCGCACGCAGCAACAACCACCUCAACCACCACCCUUGGCUACGAAUUUCGGCCCCUCGUCCGCGGAUCCUUCGCCUGCUUCUGCUUCGCCCAACACCCGUGCUCCGCCCGCCGCUCGCCCACGGCAACGCCAGCAGCGUCAGAGCAAUAUUAUGGAUGUUCGCCAGCGUCUGCUUCAGAUUUGCCAUCCAGGGGAUCCCACACAAUUAUAUCACAGCUUGAACAAGAUCGGCCAGGGUGCUUCCGGUGGUGUCUAUACUGCAUAUGAGACGGGUACCAACAACUGCGUGGCCAUCAAACAGAUGAAUCUCGAUCUUCAGCCGAAGAAGGACCUUAUCAUCAACGAAAUUCUUGUGAUGAAGGAUAGCAAGCACAAGAACAUCGUCAAUUUCCUGGAGAGCUUCUUGCACGGGCUGGAUCUGUGGGUUGUUAUGGAGUAUAUGGAGGGUGGCAGUUUGACGGACGUGGUCACCUUCAACAUUAUGAGUGAAGGGCAGAUUGCUGCUGUUUGUCGCGAGACUCUGAGUGGCCUUCAGCAUCUGCAUUCGAAGGGUGUGAUUCAUCGUGAUAUCAAAUCCGAUAAUAUCCUGCUCUCGCUAGAGGGUAACAUCAAACUAACCGAUUUCGGUUUCUGUGCCCAGAUCAACGACUCCCACAACAAGCGCAACACCAUGGUCGGUACCCCCUACUGGAUGGCGCCCGAGGUCGUCACUCGUAAGGAGUACGGUCGCAAGGUCGACAUUUGGAGUUUGGGUAUCAUGGCCAUUGAGAUGAUUGAGGGUGAGCCACCUUAUCUGACUGAAUCGCCGCUUCGCGCUCUCUACUUGAUCGCCACGAACGGAACCCCCAAAAUCAAAGAUGAGCAUCAGCUGUCACACAUUUUCCGUGACUUCCUCUCCUUUGCCUUGAAGGUCGACCCCGAGAAGCGUGCUUCGGCUCAUGAUUUGUUGAAGCAUCCAUUCAUGGGUCUGUGCUCUCCACUAACUCACCUCGCCCCGCUGGUCAAGGCUGCGCGUAUCAGCCGCGCUCAAGAGAAAGCGCAGAAAGGCGGCGCUUAA